GUUGAGAAAGCUUGGCCUGGGCUCAAGUCCAUGUGCUGCUGGGAGUGUAGGUAAGCCAUGUUUGGGUAAUGUUGCAAUUUGCCAGUCUCCACUGUGUUUUCUCCUGGGUGACUGUCUAUGAACAGCACUUUACAUCUGCAAACUGCUUGUUGGUUUUGAAGUUCUGUUCCCAUGGAUGUUAUCAGAUCACCAGCAAUCCCAUGAUGUAGUUGAAAAUGUAUGUGUGAAUUCAAGAUAUGCACCUUAUAGAGUGGUGAGGAGCAGCUCAUUGACCCUGAGACUGACUGAAGUGGUUGAAAUGAUGGCCUCUUUGCCAGGCAAAUCCUACCCUGUUUCCCCGAAAAUAAGAUAGUGUCUUAUUUUAAGGUGUGCUCCCAAAGACGCGCUAGGUCUUAUUUUCAGGGGACGUCUUAUGUUUCCUGUAAGUAGGUCUUAUUUUCAGAGGAUGUCUUAUUUUCGAGGAAACAGGGUAUAUGAGUGGAUGAUUUGGAAAGACCACUGUGCUUGCAGAGAGCAUUUGCUCUCAUGGGGCCUGGCGAAACCACGGCCUCUUGGUGGCCACGUGCUUUGGAAAGGGCUGUACUUUGGUGAGUGGGAGAUUUUUAUUGCUGCUUCUCUGCCUGGGUUUGGCAAAAACAACCUGGCCUGGGCAUGUGCUUUGGUGGCGAUGCAGAGGCAGCUGGCAGGUGGAGAUUAUCAGAGAUCAGGCUGUUGGCAGGUUUGCUGAGCUGGCCUGGUCAGGACUUGAAUGUCACGUGGUACACCAGCAACCCCGACUUCACCAAGUGCUUUCAGAACACCAUCCUCGUGUGGGUGCCUUGUUUUUACCUCUGGGUCUGCUUCCCCUUCUAUUUCCUAUAUCUCUCCCAACAUGAUCGGGGCUACAUCCAGAUGACACAUCUCAACAAAGCCAAAACUGCCUUGGGAUUUUUGCUGUGGAUUGUCUGCUGGGCAGACCUCUUCUACUCUUUCUGGGAAAGAAGUCGGGGCGUAUUCCUGGCCCCAGUGUUUCUGGUCAGUCCAACCCUUUUGGGCAUCACCAUGCUGCUUGCCACCUUUUUAAUUCAGCUCGAGAGAAGGAAGGGAGUUCACUCCUCAGGGAUCAUGCUCACUUUCUGGCUUAUAGCCCUACUGUGCGCUCUUCCCAUCCUGAGAUCCAAAAUCAUGACUGCCUUAAAAGAGGGCGCCCAGGUCGACGUGUUCCGCGACGUCAUGUUCUACGUCUACUUUUCCCUCGUGCUCAUUCAGCUCGUGUUGUCCUGUUUCUCAGACCACUCGCCCCUGUUCUCCGAAACCGUCAACGACCCUAAUCCUUGUCCAGAGUCCGGUGCCUCCUUCCUUUCCAGGAUCUUCUUCUGGUGGAUCACAGGGAUGAUGAUCCGGGGCUACCGCCAUCCCCUCGAAUCCAGUGACCUCUGGUCCCUCAACAAAGAGGACAUGUCAGAACAAGUGGUGCCUGUCUUGGUAAAGAACUGGAAGAAGGAAUGUGCCAAGUGUAGGAAGCAGCCGGUGAAGAUUGUAUAUUCCUCUAGGGAUCCUGCCAAGCCAAAAGGGAACUCCAAGCUGGAUGUGAACGAGGAGGCAGAGGCUUUGAUUGUCAAGUCUCCCCACAAGGAGCGGGACCCCUCUCUGUUCAAGGUGUUAUACAAGACCUUCGGGCCCUACUUCCUCAUGAGCUUCUUAUUUAAGGCUAUCCACGACCUGAUGAUGUUUGCUGGCCCAGAACUCUUAAAGUUGCUCAUCAACUUUGUGAAUGACAAGGAGGCCCCGGACUGGCAGGGCUACUUGUACACGGCGCUGCUGUUCCUCAGCGCCUGCCUGCAGACCCUGGUGCUGCACCAGUACUUCCACAUCUGCUUCGUCAGCGGCAUGAGGAUCAAGACGGCUGUCAUCGGCGCUGUCUACCGGAAGGCUCUGGUGAUCAGCAACGCAGCCAGAAAAUCCUCUACAGUCGGGGAGAUAGUCAACCUCAUGUCUGUGGACGCUCAGAGGUUCAUGGACUUGGCCACAUACAUUAACAUGAUCUGGUCGGCCCCUCUGCAAGUCAUCCUUGCUCUCUACCUCCUGUGGCUGAACCUGGGCCCCCCCAUCCUGGCUGGGGUGGCCGUGAUGAUCCUUAUGGUACCCCUCAAUGCUGUCAUGGCAAUGAAGACCAAGACUUACCAGGUGGCCCACAUGAAGUGCAAAGACAAUCGGAUCAAGCUGAUGAACGAGAUGCUUAACGGGAUCAAAGUGCUCAAGCUUUACGCGUGGGAGCUGGCCUUCAAGGACAAGGUGCUGGCCAUCAGGCAGGAGGAGCUAAAGGUGCUGAAGAAAUCAGCUUACCUGGCCGCUGUGGGGACCUUCACCUGGGUCUGCACACCUUUCCUGGUGACCCUUUCUACCUUUGCCGUCUACGUGACCGUGGACAAGAACAACGUCCUGGAUGCCAAGAAAGCCUUCGUGUCCUUGGCCUUGUUCAACAUCCUUCGAUUCCCCCUGAACAUUCUCCCCAUGGUGAUCAGCAGCAUCGUGCAGGCGAGUGUCUCCCUCAAACGCCUCAGAAUCUUUCUCUCCCACGAGGAGCUGGAGCCCGACAGCAUCGAGCGGCGGCCUAUGAAAGAUGGAGGUGGAGGGAGCAACAGCAUCACCAUGAAGAAUGCCACCUUCACCUGGGUGAGGAGCGACCCUCCCACACUGAAUGGCAUUACCUUCUCCAUUCCGGAAGGUGCGUUGGUGGCUGUGGUGGGCCAAGUGGGCUGUGGGAAGUCGUCUCUGCUCUCAGCUCUCCUGGCCGAGAUGGAGAAAGUGGAGGGGCAUGUGACCAUCAAGGGCUCAGUGGCCUACGUGCCCCAGCAGGCAUGGAUUCAGAAUGAUUCUCUCCGAGAAAACAUCCUUUUUGGACGCCCGCUGCAGGAACGGUAUUACAAGGCAGUGAUAGAGGCCUGUGCCCUCCUCCCAGACCUGGAAAUCCUGCCCAGCGGGGACCAGACGGAGAUUGGUGAGAAGGGUAUGAACCUGUCCGGGGGCCAGAAGCAGCGUGUGAGCCUGGCUCGGGCCGUGUACUGCAACUCCGACGUUUACCUCUUGGAUGACCCCCUCUCGGCGGUGGAUGCCCAUGUGGGAAAACACAUAUUUGAAAAUGUGAUUGGACCCAAAGGGAUGCUGAAAAACAAGACGCGGGUCCUGGUCACGCACGGCAUCAGCUACCUGCCGCAGGUGGACAUCAUCAUGGUCAUGAGUGGCGGCAAGAUCUCCGAGAUGGGCUCCUACCAGGAGCUGCUGGCCCGAGAUGGCGCCUUCGCUGAGUUCCUGCGCACGUAUGCCAGUGGCGAGCAGGAUCAGUCCUCAGAAGAUGAUGGUGGCAAGGUGGUGGACGCAGAGGAAGAAGGAAUGACAGGUGUCAGCAGUCCAGGGAAAGAGGCCAAGCAGAUGGAGAAUGGCAUGCUGGUGAUGGACGCUGCAGCCAGGCAACCUCAGAGACAGCUCAGCAGCUCCUCUUCCUACAGUGCGGACGUCAGCAGGCAUCACAACAGCACAGCUGAGCUCAAGAAGGAAGAGACCUGGAAGCUGAUGGAGGCGGACAAGGCCCAGACAGGGCAGGUCAAGCUGUCCGUGUACUGGACCUACAUGAAGGCCAUUGGGCUGUUCAUCUCCUUUCUGAGCAUCUUCCUCUUCCUGUGCAACCACGUUGCCUCCUUGGCUUCUAACUACUGGCUCAGUCGCUGGACUGACGACCCCAUUGUCAACGGGACCCAGGAGCACACUAAAGUCCGUCUGAGUGUCUACGGAGCCCUGGGCGUUAUGCAAGGUUUCGCAGUGUUCGGCUACUCCAUGGCGGUGUCCAUAGGAGGGAUCUAUGCGUCCCGCCGUCUGCACCUGGAUCUGCUGCAUAAUGUCCUGAGGUCACCCAUGAGCUUCUUCGAGCGGACUCCCAGUGGGAACCUGGUGAACCGCUUCUCCAGGGAGCUGGACACAGUGGACUCGAUGAUCCCGCAGGUCAUCAAGAUGUUCAUGGGCUCCCUGUUCAACGUGGUGGGCGCCUGCAUCAUCAUCCUGCUGGCCACGCCCAUCGCGGCCGUUGUCAUCCCACCGCUGGGCCUCCUGUACUUCUUUGUCCAGAGGUUCUACGUGGCCUCCUCCCGGCAGCUUAAGCGCCUCGAGUCAGUCAGCCGCUCCCCGGUGUACUCACACUUCAACGAGACCUUGCUGGGGGUCAGUGUCAUCCGCGCCUUCGAGGAGCAGGAACGCUUUACCCGCCAGAGUGACCUGAAGGUGGACGAGAAUCAGAAGGCCUAUUACCCCAGCAUCGUGGCCAACAGGUGGCUGGCCAUACGGCUGGAGUAUGUUGGCAACUGCAUCGUCCUGUUUGCUGCCCUGUUCUCAGUGAUCUCCCGGCACAGUCUCAGAGCCGGCCUGGUGGGCCUUUCAGUGUCUUACUCAUUGCAGGUCACCGCGUACUUGAACUGGCUGGUUCGGAUGUGGUCUGAGACGGAGACCAACAUUGUGGCUGUGGAGAGACUCAAGGAGUAUUCAGAGACGGAGAAGGAGGCUCCCUGGCAGAUUCAGGAGACAGCUCCACCCAGCACCUGGCCUCAGGAGGGCCGAGUAGAAUUCCGGAACUACAGCCUGCGUUACCGAGAGGACCUCGACUUGGUUUUGAAGCACAUCAACAUCACCAUCAAUGGGGGAGAAAAGGUUGGCAUCGUGGGACGGACGGGAGCCGGGAAGUCAUCCCUGACCCUGGGCUUGUUUCGGAUCAACGAGUCUGCCGAAGGGGAGAUCAUUAUCGACGGGGUCAACAUCGCCAAGAUCGGCCUGCACAGCCUCCGCUUCAAGAUCACCAUCAUCCCCCAGGACCCCGUUUUGUUUUCGGGUUCCCUCCGCAUGAACUUGGACCCAUUCAGCCAGUACUCAGACGAAGAAGUCUGGACGUCCCUGGAGCUGGCCCACCUGAAAGGCUUUGUGUCUGCCCUUCCCGAUAAGCUAGACCACGAGUGUGCGGAAGGCGGGGAGAACCUGAGCAUCGGGCAGAGACAGCUUGUAUGCCUAGCCCGGGCCCUGCUGAGGAAGACGAAGAUCCUUGUGUUGGAUGAGGCCACAGCAGCUGUGGACCUGGAAACAGACGACCUCAUUCAGUCUACCAUCCGGACGCAGUUUGAGGGCUGUACCGUUCUCACCAUCGCUCACCGUCUCAACACCAUCAUGGACUAUACCAGGGUGAUCGUCUUGGACAAAGGAGAAAUCCGGGAGUGUGGCAGCCCCUCUGACCUCCUACAGCAGAAAGGUCUCUUCUACGACAUGGCCAAAGAUGCUGGCUUGGCGUGAGCCUAGACCUGGCACACCUGGCCAGAACUGCAGGGCCAGCAUGCCAGCAUUCAGGGAUGUCAGCGUCCUCGGGAAACCAAGCCUCCUAUACCAAACCAAAAAUCAAGAAACCAAACCCCAAAAAACUGAAACUAAUCCAAGCAGCAGCAGCCACCAUUCUGCCCCUGCCUGGAAAUGGCCAUGAAGACAAAGGAGAGAGAGGCGCAUCCCACCCAGAACGCACCUCCUCACCUCUGGGGCCCCUUUGAGACAACAUGCAUGUUCUCACGCCCUGGGAGUGCACGCUGUGCCCCUGCUGCUUCCCAAAGCAGAGGUUUGGCAGCCAGACUUCCAGGGGGAAUCGGUUGUACAGAAUAUGCUAGUGACCAAAUCCAGCCAACUGCCUUGGGUCUCUCCACCAAAGCUGGUGGAUUCUAAAUCUUCAAGAAACUCCUGGCCCCUUUAGUGCUCCAACAUGCUUAUCUGGUUCCACCCAGAAAGCUUCAUUUCCUUGAGACUGCAGCUUUAAGGUUUGAGGGGCUUGGUGAAAAUCAUUCUCCCCUGUGGGCAGUGAGUCCCCAGAACUGGACAGUCCUCCUGCCAACAUCUGGUCUUCCAGGCACUCAGACACUGGGAGCUGACAUCUCAGAGCUGCCUCCCUGGGGCACGUGUCCUCAUCCAAGGGACUUAGCUGGACUAGUGGACUCUGGGCCUGGGGCUUGUAGUCUCAGAGCUGACUGCCCAGCUUGGGCUCACCUACCCGGUGCUCCAGUCUGCCUCGCUUUCCUUCCUGCCUUUUUCCUUUACCCCUCCAGGUACCCGGAGAGGAAGGUCUGCUAAAGGUUACGAAAUAUCAAAAGCGAAGGGCACGACGUGCCUCCACAGAUUACCAGCGGGUACCAGGAAGGGUCCCUUUGAGUCUUCUCAGUUCUGGGUUUUAAUUCCGCACCAUUGGCAUCGAGUUAGCUGCCAAGGGGAGGCACGGCGGGGAGCUUGACUUUGAGUUAACGAUUCUCUUCUGUGGAUGAGAAAAGAAUCCAUCCUCGAAUAGCAGAAAAUUUUUUUUAUAUAUAUAAGUUCUCCUGGGAGAAAAAUAGUCUCACGACUUCACUUUCUUGGAAGGAAGUAUUAGGCUAAGGAGCAGCACCCCCGGGGAAUAGUCCAAAGCUGGGCCUGUGCCUGCCACUGGGUCCCCUGCGUUCCUGGGAGGAAAUGGAGAAGCAGAGUCCUUCGGAGUCUCUGCUCGAGAGGUCUUGGGUGGAGAACAAAGUAAGACCUAGAAAGCGGCGGGAACUGACGGCUGCCCCAACGUUCCUGCUUGCUGUGACUUACCUUGGCGGCUUCAAACCCAGAGCGUUUCUUUCUUUUAGGUGGAAAUAUUUAUUUUUUUGUAAGUUAUACCAUUCUUUUCACAUUAGCUAAAAAACCAAGUUUUUUGGGAGGGGUCUUUUUGUAAUGACUUACACUGGAAACAUGAAUAUUUGCAGUAAAAAAUAUAUAUUUUA